CCCCUUGGGGGGUCCUCGGUGCCGAGGUCGGGCCGAGCGGGCGCCGCCCGGCGGAGGGCUCCUGCGAGGCGGAGUCCGCGGGCCUGGACCCGGGGAGCUGCGGCGCCGGAGCCCGUGCACCGAGCCGCGCAUGGACGCGCCGGGGGGUCCAGAGGGCCCACGCCCCCCCAGAGGUGAUGACUCUCUGGGAAAUACAAGAGAGACACCCAGACAGCUUUCCAGAGAACAGUUCUUUGUACUGAUAUCAGCAGCUUCCAUUAACCUGGGUUCUAUGAUGUGCUAUUCUAUCCUAGGACCCUUUUUUCCCAAGGAGGCUGAGAAGAAAGGAGUCAGCAAUACAGUUACGGGUAUGAUCUUUGGAUGUUAUGCUUUGUUUGACUUGCUGGCAUCUUUGGUAUUUGGAAAAUAUCUUGUACAGAUUGGAGCAAAAUUUAUGUUUGUAGCAGGAAUGUUUGUCUCAGGAGGAGUUACAAUUCUCUUUGGUGUAUUGGAUCAAGUUCCAGAAGGACCAAUUUUUAUUGCUAUGUGUUUUCUGGUGAGAAUGGCAGAUGCAGUCAGCUUUGCAGCAGCAAUAACUGCUUCCUUUUCCAUUCUUGCAAAGGCUUUUCCAAAUAGUGUGGCUACGGUGUUGGGAAGUCUUGAGAUUUUUUCUGGACUGGGACUAGUGUUAGGGCCUCCUUUAGGUGGCUUCUUGUAUCAAUCCUUUGGCUAUGAGGUGCCUUUUAUUUUUCUGGGAUGCAUAGUUCUGCUGAUGAUACCACUCAACAUGUACAUUUUACCUAAUUAUGACUCUGAUCCAGGCGAACACUCAUUCUGGAAACUCAUCACUUUACCCAAGGUUGCACUCAUAGCCUUUGUCAUCAACUCACUCAGCUCAUGUUUCGGCUUCCUUGAUCCUACACUGUCUCUGUUUGUUCUGGAGAAGUUUAACUUACCAGCUGGUUAUGUGGGACUGGUAUUCCUGGGUUUGGCAUCAUCCUACGCCAUUUCUUCGCCAUUGUUUGGUCUACUAAGUGAUAAAAUGCCACAUCUAAGGAAAUGGUUUCUGGUUUGGGGAAACAUAAUCACAGCAGGAUGCUACAUGCUCUUAGGACCUAUACCAGUUUUGCACAUUAAAAGUCAGCUCUGGCUGCUGGUGCUAAUAUUAGUCCUAAACGGCAUCUCUGCUGGGAUGAGUAUAAUUCCAACUAUCCCGGAGAUCCUCAGUUGUGCAUAUGAAAAUGGUUUUGAAGAGGGAUUAAGUACCUUGGGACUUGUGUCAGGUCUCUUCAGCGCAAUGUGGUCAGUUGGUGCUUUCUUAGGACCAACCCUGGGUGGAUUUCUGUAUGAGAAAAUUGGUUUUGAAUGGGCAGCUGCUGUACAGGGUCUUUGGGCUAUGACAAGCGGAGUGACAAUGGGCUUGUUUUAUCUGUGGGAGCACUCACAGAGAAGAAGAUCUAAGCUCGAAAAUAUCCUGGGCACAGAGGAGGAACGGACUGCCCUCUUACCUGAUGCAAUCCAGCCUUAAGAAUCCUGGGUCGAUACCCAUUGGGAGACGGAUGCUCCUGGGGUGAACGUCAAAGUUGAAAGGGUUUUCUUAACAUUACGCACAAAAUUCCAUGGACUCUCUAACAGCAUCCUGAAAGUCUCAGCAUAUUUUUGGAUGAUCCUGUGUUAGGCUGCCCUAAAGAGCUGGACUGCUAAACCAGCCAUAUUUGCAACAUGAAGAAUGAGAACAGUUGUAAAAUCAGCAAAAGUUUGUUUUUUUAGGUGAUCAAACUUGGCCUUAAAGAGGUUAUGGACUGUAGGUCUCCUGUUUUCUCUGUUUACUUUUUAUUUUAAGUGCACUAAUUCUGUGAAUGUACCUUUUCUUUAUUAACAGGAAAAUAAAUGAAUUAAUUUGAUAUGCUUAAAAGUAAUAUAAAGAUUACUAAAAAUGGAUAGAAUAAUUACUGUGAAAAUCAGUUUUUAAAAGACAUGCUUUCUAUGUGUCCUAAGAUUUUUGUUCUCGCUCAAAAGAUAAAAUUCCUGCCUCUUGUGCAAAAGCUUUAAAAUUCCCAGGCUCUCAGCUCUUCUAGAAAUUUUGUUUGUGUGAGAGGUAUAAAAAUAACAUUACUUUUGACUUCCCUUUUGUAACAUACUUUGGAUUAGGACUUGGAUUUAUAAACAAUGAUUAGUAUAACAUUAUUCAUUUCCUUGAAUGUCCCUAUUUCAGUUCUACUAUCUUUUUGUUGUUGUUGUUGUUUUUAUAAAAAACAUACUCCUCAUAGAUGUAUACUAUUCCCAGAACAAGUGAGCCCGCAGGAAUGCUCAUUAUAUUUGAGGGAAGGUGUUCAUCUGACUUCAUGUGAAAUUCAUGCCAUUGCUUGAAAUGAGUGAAUCCUUAUCAUGUCAUUCUCAUACCUUCUGGUGUGUUUUCAUGCUGUGGUAGCCACAUUUACACUUUUUUAAAAAAAAUAAAUGGUUUUAUCUAUGUAUUAAUUCAAAAA